AUGGACUUUGAAAGUAUCGAAGAGCAGGAUGGAAUUAGAUUUUCGUGGAAUGUAUUCCCUGCUUCUCGUUUAGACGCAACGAGAACCGUUGUUCCAGUUUCUUGUCUGUACACUCCAUUGAAGGAACGGGAAGACUUACCCCCGAUUUAUUAUGAACCCGUUACUUGCAAAGCGCCUUGUAAGGCUAUAUUAAAUCCUUACUG